CAGAAAACAGGUUGCGAGGCCUGGAUCUGCAAUGCUAGAUGUGGGGAGCCACCCAGCUGCUUGAUGAUUUCUUAUAAUUUAACAGGGAAAGGGAAAUCUUUUCCUACCGCUGGCUUUUGAAACUGAUUUUAAAUCUGAAAGGGUGGAAACUGUAUGUCCCUUAGUUAGAACAGACUCCUUACUGGGAUGCCUUUUUGUCUGAUGCGUUUGUUCUGAGCCCGCUGACCAGGUGUUUCUGAACUUCAUUUUCUCAGCCUCAACAGUGUUACUGAGUCUGCUUUUAGCUUCCUUCGCCUUGGCUUUUUCUGUUCGUGAACAGCUGCUUGGCCCAUAGCUUAGAGAAAGCAGACUUUUCUCUCCCAAGAGAGCCUCCUCCCUGUGCUCAGAGAGAUGGGGAGUGGGGAGCCCAAUCCUGCUGGCAAGAAAAAGAAGUACCUCAAGGCUGCCCUGUAUGUGGGUGACUUGGACCCAGAUGUCACCGAGGACAUGCUUUAUAAAAAGUUCAGGCCUGCUGGCCCUCUGCGCUUCACCAGAAUCUGCCGUGACCCAGAGACCCGCAGCCCUCUGGGCUAUGGCUAUGUUAACUUCCGCUUUCCUGCAGAUGCUGAGUGGGCCCUGAACACCAUGAAUUUUGAUCUGAUUAAUGGCAAACCAUUCCGCCUCAUGUGGUCUCAGCCAGACGACCGCUUAAGAAAGUCUGGAGUUGGAAAUAUAUUCAUCAAAAACCUGGACAAAUCCAUAGACAACAGGGCUCUUUUUUAUUUGUUUUCUGCUUUUGGGAACAUUCUCUCUUGCAAAGUUGUAUGCGAUGACAACGGCUCUAAGGGUUAUGCCUAUGUGCACUUUGACAGCCUAGCAGCUGCCAAUAGAGCCAUCUGGCACAUGAAUGGUGUGCGGCUCAACAACCGCCAGGUGUAUGUUGGCCGAUUCAAAUUUCCAGAAGAGCGGGCAGCUGAAGUUAGGACCAGGGAUAGAGCAACUUUCACCAAUGUUUUCGUUAAAAACUUCGGCGAUGAAGUAGAUGAUGAAAAACUGAAGGAAAUUUUCAGUGAAUAUGGGCCAACCGAGAGUGUUAAGGUAAUAAGAGAUGCCAGUGGGAAAUCUAAAGGCUUUGGAUUUGUAAGAUAUGAGACACACGAGGCUGCUCAGAAGGCUGUGCUAGACCUGCAUGGAAGGUCCAUCGAUGGGAAAGCCCUAUAUGUAGGGCGAGCACAGAAGAAAAUUGAACGUCUGGCUGAAUUAAGGCGAAGAUUUGAAAGGCUGAAAGUCAAAGAAAAAAGUCGGCCUCCGGGGGUGCCUGUCUAUAUUAAGAACUUGGAUGAGACCAUCGAUGAUGAAAAACUAAGGGAGGAAUUUUCUUCCUUUGGAUCAAUUAGCCGAGCCAAAGUGAUGGUGGAAGUGGGGCAAGGCAAAGGGUUUGGUGUAGUCUGUUUCUCCUCUUUUGAAGAGGCUACCAAAGCAGUGGGUGAGAUGAAUGGUCGCAUGGUGGGCUCCAAACCGCUGCAUGUGACCCUGGGCCAAGCCAGGCGCAGGUGGUGAAAAUAAGAAUGUUCAAUUUGUUUCAGCCUUAAGCUGGUGCCUACUUAGUUUGGGCUAUUUUGUGAUAAAAGGUUAUUUUAUGCCAAUUCACAGGUUUUUUUUAAGUGAGUAUUUUCUUUUUUUUUAAAAAAAAAAAGUGAGACUAGAAAAUCUUGUUCAUUUUAGUGAAGAACAUAAUUUCUAAUUGUAAAACUGUCAUUUUGUACUAAUUUUUGAUGUAAUAUUCUUAGGAUUAUGGAGAAUAAAGUUUACUUCUCCACACAUUUGUUUUCCUAAAUGAGUCAAGGUGAAGUAACUGAUUGAGUAUAUUUUCUUCCUAUUUCAAUAUUACUACUAAAUUUGAUUUCUUCUAUGAAAAUAUUCUCAAAAUGCUCCACACUUCUGAUUCUAUCACAGUACAAACUUCUAACUUGCUUUUUGACAAAUCAAUAGCACAGGGGGAAAUGUAUGUGGUCCAGUUAUCAUUUGUGCAUAAUUUGACUUUAAAUUAUUAAUUAAUAUGAAUAUUCUUUGAAAAAGAUGUGACCUUUUUUCUUUCCUUUAUUUAUAUUAUUUUCAUUUUAAAAUACAUUUUGGGCAUACCACAAACUGAAUGGUGACUGUGACUAAGUGUUGGGAGUUUUUUUUUUAUUAACUUCAUACUCAGAGAAAUAAGCAUAUUGGUGUUUUUAUCAAUCAGUACCUUAGGAAAUUAAUACUUUAGGCAUUAAUUUUUUAAAUUAUUAGUUUCAUCUUUAAAAACCUUUCCUGAAAGAUCUGAAAUUUGACAACAAUCUAAAGAGCAUUCUUGCUACUCACUUUUCUAAAUUCCUUUGUAUGUAUACUUGAAUAAUGUUAAA